AAAGAAAGCAAAGCAAAUCGGCAAUCCAUUUUUCUUGAAUGUUCAAGAAGGCGAAGCUAGCUAGCUCGAAAAGGACACUGUUUCCCUUUGGCUAAAGGAGUUAUUGCUCUUUUCUACGUGGGACUUGUUGAAAUCUGUGCACAUCCUCGUUCGGAGCUUAGUUACGGAGUCCUGCGAUCUCACAGAUAGCAAACCGGCCAGUUGUGGAGGACUGCUUUUGUUGUCGUUAUUCUGCGCUCUACUAGCUAAUGACAUAGUCAUGUUUUCAAGCAGCGACUAUGCGCCGGAAGGCUUUGCCGGUCUGCCAGGCAUGCACGCGCGCGGUGGUCGCAUGUUCAAAGCCCAGUACCGCUGCUACUCAGUCACCAUGUUCACGGACAGGAAGGAGAUUGAAGAGGGUGGAAAAAUUAUCAUGCCACCAUCUGCUCUAGAUCAGCUCACUCAGCUGAACACACAGUAUCCGAUGUUGUUCAAGCUGACGAAUCCCGGCACUGCCAAUACCACGUCACAUUGCGGUGUGCUGGAGUUCAUUGCAGACGAAGGCAAAGUGUUUAUUCCAUACUGGAUGAUGCAGAAUCUGUGUUUGGCAGAAGGAGAUUUUCUGAAUGUUGAGUCAGCUAUUCUGCCACUGGGAAACUACGCUCAGGUCCAGCCGCAGUCCAAGGAGUUUCUGGACAUCUACAAUCCCAAAGCUGUCUUGGAGGCAUCACUACGCAAGCUCUCCUGUCUCUCCAAGGACGACAUGCUCAAAAUCGCCUACAACCAGAAGGUCUACCAGUUCAGAGUGCUGAAGCUCAAGCCAGCGGAUGCAGUCUCCAUCAUCGAGUGCGAUCUGUCGGUGGACUUUGCCCCGUACGUCGGUCAUGAAGAGGACGAACGGCAGCAGCAGGCCGAGAGGCAGAAACGAGUGCACCCGCUGGAGCAAGCCGCUGAACAGCUACGCAUCUCCGAGGAGAAGAGAAUAGAGAAAGCCGUCCGGGAGGCUGUGGAGCAAAGUGGCGGGUUCAAGGUAUUUCAUGGUGCUGGUAACGUCUUGGAUGCCGGCGGUAGAGGGGCAAAGAAAGGUCGGAAGCGUGGCAAGGCAGCAGCUGGUUCUGGUGGUGCAUCGUCAGCUCCCAACGGGGCAAGUACCGACGGUGCCGCUGAGAAUAUGGACUCCGCCGAGCCCAGAACACGUGGUGUGCCGAAUUAUAACUAUGUGAAGGGAACGCUGACGUUUGCGCGUGUCUUCCCGAAGAAGCAAGACCUGGACAAGGAGGAGGAUGCCUCAUUCAAUGCAUUCGGUGGCUCCGGACAUUGCCUGCGCAAGAGGAGACGGUAGUCAGGGCAACUGGGCCUUUAUGGGGAUCGUGCGACGCCGUGCUCGUAGGAGAUGAUCUAUGCAUGUGUGUGUAUGUGUGUCGGUCGGUGUAUGCGGCUGUGUGUAUCGGUGUGUAUGUGUGUGUCUGUGUGUAUGCCGGUGUGGCUGUAUGUGUGUGUGUAUGUGUGUGUGUGUGUGUGUGUGUGUGUGUGUGUGUGUGUGUGUGUGUGUGUGUGUGUGUGUGUGUGUGUGUGUGUGUGUGUGUGUAUCGGUGUGGCUGUGUGUGAAGUGAUACCUUACCGCCAGUCAGUAAACGUUUCGUCGUGUUGCUUUUGUAACUAUUGCUCACCACCUCUGGACACACUGCGUUUGCUGACAUCCUCCGUCCUUGCUUAGUUUAUCUCAGCGCUGGUGUGCAUGGCUCAACAUCUACUGCUGACUUCACUUCUCUGAUACUCUUUUCGUCUUCACCUCUUGCGAUUGGUGUUCGAUACUCCCCGUCACCAGUGGGUGAGGUGCAGAGGUUGUUGAGUUGUCGCGCCGCCCCACAGGCUCGCUGUAAGACCCUUGCUGCAUUUAUUUAUUCCGUGUGCGAAAAUCGUAUUCAGCUUUAUGCAGUGGCGCGUCUUCACGGUUGCCUACCUCACACAGUGUUAGCUUGUGCUCAUGCUUGCAUCCCAGUGCGUUUGUGCACCGCGUCGUUGUACUCUGCUCUUGUUGGCGCGGGUUCUGUGAUGUGUAGUCUCUGUGCGUUGUCGCCAUGCUCUGUUGUUCAGUAAUAUCCUCAUGCUGCACUGUGUGUGCUGAUGCCCGGGAGCUAGGUGUCACCGUCUGCACGCUGGUGGGUGCUGGUUCAGUAUUACCCUGGUCGUUAACCAUGCGCUGUGUGUGUGUGCGCGCGUGCGCGCGCGUGUGUGUGCACGAGAGCCUUGGCUUAUACCAGAGCCUUCUAUAGCUGGUCUGCACGUGCUGUGCUUGCUUCCCUAUCUUUAACCGCUGUAGCUACGCAAAGAAACCGCCAUUCCGCUUUAAUACUCCUGGAAAAAGCUCUGUUCCCGUCUUUUUUUUAAAUAGUUCUGUGCUCUUGCUGUGUGUACAGAGAGCAGUGUACCACGAGCACACGAUCGCAUUCUUCUGGCUGGUGUUUUAACUAGCUAUUUCUUCCGCUCCGCUCCACUUGCUGUCCGCCGCCAUUCGCUUGUAUAUAUACUCAGUAACUGUAUAGUGUACAUGUAGUGUCAGCCUGUUGCUCGGUGGGUACUGCUCCCAUGCUGAUGUAUAUACACACAUAGCAUGUGCUGCUGAGCUAAGCAAGGAGUCUUUCUUUCUCUCGCUCGUCGUGUCCAUGGCAAUGCACACAGGCACGCAUGUGUUCAAGCAGACCUUUUUAACCGCGUAUCACAGCAUACUUUGUGAUUCAGCGUAGAUCCCAAGCCGUCAACCGUAGUCUGCUAUCUCCUUCUUUUCUGGUGUUUAUGUGGGAUUUUGUUUACCUGCUUGUUCUGCUCAUUGUACAUAGUGAUUGAGUGAACGUGCUCCCCCCCCCCCCCCCCCCCCCCCCGAAGAGUCAUUAUUUUUCUACUACCCAUCUGCCUGUAUGUUCAUUUCUGCAUCAUAAAAUCAUAUUAACAGGACGGGGUCCUGAUAUUAUCAUGACUUCAUACUGGCUAAUCAUUCUGAGAGGGGCAGGUCACAGUUUCUGAGCUAUCUCUAUAUCUCUAGUCUGUGUUGUGUGUGGUUGUUUUCUCUCAUUGCCUGGUCUGGUGAUGGCUGGAAGAACUGUGCUAAUUGAAAGCAGCCAAUAGUAAUAACACAUCUGCAUUUUGCGUUUA